UUUUUUUUUUUACUGUGCUUAUAUUCCCAUGGCCUCCUUGUUCUUUGACGAUUAUGAUUUUCCUACAGAGAUGUACGAUAAAGAGACCGGCGACUUUUCUCUUCCCAUUCGCACCUUGUUAGACUUUACACCUCACAUACUAAGCGAGCUGCCAAAGAAGCCAGAGGAACAAAAACGCAUGUCUCCCGAUGAGAAAACGACGUCUUGGUUCUCAUUUAUGUCCUCUGCUAAAGAACGUCAGUGGCCGUCAUGGCUUUCUACAGACCGAGCAAUGGCAGUUGGCGAAUAUUUAUUACGUUACGGUACCAGCUACAUGGAGAUGGAUAAUGAACGAAAACGACGCACCAGCUAUCGUGACUAUGAAGAGGAGUUCCCGCGAAAAAAGCGGUUUCGAUCUUAUUGGACCUCGUCGACAACGUCCCCCAAGCAGAAACGGGAAGAAGAGGAUAGUUCUGAUGAAGAGGAAGACCAAUCAUCAAAAAAUAAGAAAGCAAAGCAGACGACUGUGCAAAAACAGGAAGGGAAUGCCACACUGUAUAAAUCCGCUGCUGCGGUAGGAGCCCUGACACUGUCAUUGUAUUCUACUUACCAGGCCAAUGUGGCCUAUGGGGAUAUUACAUUUCACAAUCAACUUGAAGUCCUUCUGACACAUGUACACAGCAUACUGAAGAGCACACAAAUAUGGAUCAAGCAACAUGAAAAGCUUGGUGACUCCGUACCGGAACAACUAACCAACGACAUGAUCACCAUUCAAGAGUUGGUUCAAUGCUUGGAAAGGCUGGAUCCAAGAAGCGAGAAAAAAUCUGAAGCAACAGGAUGGGGUAUCGGUGCAUUGGGCGGACUGUCGGCUCUGGGUGGUAUCGCAUUUGGCAGCAGUGUAGCUUUGACAGGUGGCACUGCGGUGGCUUUAGGAGGUAUGCUUUGGACUAUCUCUAGCAAAGCGAGGUCUUCGAGCAAGCAAAUCCAAGGGGCAAGGCUGAUGCUUGAAAGCCAAGUUCGCCAACUGGUUAAUACAUGUCAAAAACAAGCGACGCCACGAAAACGGGUCAUUCAAAAUGCAUUCACCCCAUUCGUUAAAUCGGAACCAGUUGACCUGCGCAAUCAAUCAUCAUCAACAUCUUAUGCACCAUCAGAACCACGUAUCAAAAACGAGACGACCCGUACGGCAACCAAACCUAUAUCCAAACACUCCUCAAAGAUACGAUUGCCAGCAUAAAAUCGUUUACAUCAUUCUUCCCCUUUUUUUUUCGCUCAUCAACAGUUCUUCUAUCAUCAUCUUAUAAUGUUACAACGCUGGUAAUUGAUUUUUGUCUCUAAAAAUUUCAACGCCCUCAGCCUCACUUCUAUCAUCGAUAUGAGCUUUCUGAACCAUCAUCUGAAUGUAUAAGAAUCCGUGUGUCUCUAUUACGGUUGUGCCAGCCCAGGAAAAAAAAAAGAAGGGCAAGCAAGGAGGAAAAAAAUUGAGUGAAAGAGAGCGGCAAAAGGGAUAAAAAGAAACAUAUACCAAGGAAUUUGGCAGAAGAAUGGAAGAAAGACUUGUAAAUGAGGAAAGGUGGCUGGUCGCGAGCUUUUUCGGCUGUCUUUUCAUGGAGACCGGCAAAAUCAAUUGACUGACGCAUUUUCCUUUCGUGAAUCGCA